AUGGCAACCCCAUGGCCGUCAGAGCAACUAUGGCCAACGCACCACCGAGAGCAUGCCACCGAACUUAGCAGACACCUCCAGACAGCAGUCAAGUCUAUCGACACCGCAAACGGAAACCCCCUCAACCCACAGGCUGUGAGGUCCACGCUUAUCGCGGCCCUCUCCCUGAUCAUUAAAUUGCAGAACCUACCUGAGGUCGGACACCUCCACCAGGCUAUCGAGAGCCUGCGAGCGGAAACCAAAACAGCCAACGAGAAUACCACCCGCGAAACGAGAACCAUCAAGAUCGCUCUACAGCAGAACACAGCCGAACUUAAGGAGAACACCAACAUAACACGCGCGGCUAACGAAGCCGCGAAGGAGGCUUGGAAAGCCAGCGAGCUGGCGGCUAAGGUCGUAAAGGACAUCAAAGCACUGGGACCAAUGAAUCAGGGGAGCACCGCACAGUCAUAUGCUAGUGUAGCCGCCCGAGGAGGACUUACAGGAAGCAUGCAUAACCCCCGUAACCAGAGAUCGUCCCAGACCCAGACUCUGCGUGAGAUCAUUGUGAACAUUAGAGAUCCCAUCACCAUUGCCUGCAUAAGAGCCAUGAACUCCCGUAGCCUUAAGGCGCACGUAGACCGCGCCAUCGAAGAAAGCAGUAAUGAGCAUAUCCGCAAACUCAAGGCAGUAUCUGCUAAUCAGCUCAAGAGCGGCGACCUCAGCAUCAAGACAGCCACGACAAAAGACAUGGAGGCCCUCCGCCAGUUUGCCGAGGACUGGGAAAACCGCAUCGGCAACGGAGCCGCGGUACGGAUCCCAACCUAUGGAGUGCUAGCGCAUGGCAUAAGGACCAGCUCAAUGGAUAUGGAUCGUUUCAACGAGAUUAGAGAUGACAUGCUGCAGGAUAACAAAGCGUUCAUUCCUACCGCAGAGAUCAAAUACAUCGGCUGGCUGACCCGAUCAGCCAGCAAGAAGACUGCAUCAACAAUCGUGGUGGAAUUCUCAAAAGCGGAAGACGCCAAUAAACUCAUUGAUGAGGGUCUCAUCUGGCAAGGCCAGGUAUUCCAAUGCGAAAGAUAUGACAGAAAGUGCCGUCUGAGGCAAUGCUUCAAGUGCCACACAUACGGCCACAUAGGAACCCAGUGCAAGGCAACGACAACAUGCGGCUACUGCGCGCAAGAACACAUGACCCGAGACUGCCCCUCGAAAAGCGACAUGGAAACGCCUAGGAAAUGCGCUGCAUGCCACGGCGAACACGAGGCCUGGAACGGCAGAUGCCCUACCAGGAUACGCGAAAAGGCCAAGAUCAGGACCGCCUACAACCAGCGGUCAAGGUAUCACCUGGAACAAGCGGCCCCACAGCCGGCCCUAGGACCGGAAGCCCGGACCCGGCCGAACCCAAGGACGACACGACCAACACUGGACCGUCAAUCUCAGGAAGACCGACCAACCCGGAGCCGGUCCCUGACGAAGAAGGUCCAGAAAAGGCCUAACCCGACGGAUACCCAGGAAUCAGAGGAGACGAUUACGGUGGCUGCGGAGAAUACGCGCCCGAAGCGCACUAUCGUACGGUCGCGAAGAGCGCUUGAGGCGCUCGACCCAAACACACAGAUGGCAAACGACAGCACAGCGAUGGAGAUCGUAGUCGACGAUAGCGAAUGA